UGGGGUAGGAAAGGCUCGUGGCGGAUGUCCACUUCUUUUCGUGGGAUGUUGUCUGUCUCUCCGCCGGCGCACACACUCACGCGCACACACACACACACACAGACACGCGCGGCUGCUUCCAUCCAUGCAGUUCAGCUCAUUGUACACUCAACUCGGGCCGUUGUCAUCAAUUAAGUGUGAAUUACGGCGAUUUGAGUUUCCAAGUUAUCUUCCAGCGCCUCGAGAAGGGACUAUAGCGCCGGGACUACGGCGAGGAUAAGUUGUGGGCGAGAACAACACGACCCCCCCCCAAGAGAAACGCAGCCAUGCCGUCGGUGAUGGAGCGAUCUGGGACCGGGGUCCUCUCCAGGAGCCGAGCCAAGACGGUAACCAACGGCAACAGCAUGCAGCACUCCGAGGAGGACAGCAGCGAUGAGGAGCACGCCCAUGACAGUAUGAUCCGCGUGGGGGGCGACUAUCAGGCCCAGAUCCCAGAGUUCAACCCAGACAGUCCAAACCGCUACAACGAGAAGGACAAGAGGAGCAUGCUGGUCUGGUGUCCGAACACUCACGUCACAGACGCCAUGCUGGAUGAGUACAUCCUGAUGGCUAAGGAGAAGCAUGGUUACAACAUGGAGCAGGCCCUAGGCAUGCUGCUGUGGCACAAGCAUGACGUGGAGCGUUCCCUGGCCGACCUGGCCAACUUCACGCCCUUCCCCGAGGAAUGGACGGUGGAGGACAAGGUGCUGUUCGAGCAGGCCUUCAGCUUCCACGGGAAGAGCUUCCACCGCAUCCAGCAGAUGCUUCCAGACAAGCUGAUCUCCAGCCUGGUGAAGUAUUACUACUGCUGGAAGAAGACACGCAGCCGGACGUCAGUGAUGGCGCAGGCCCGACGGCUGGUCCACAAGAGGGAGAAGGAGGACAGGCUCAGCAAUGACGAGGUGGAGGAGGCAGACCCGGGCAGCGACAGCGACUUUGAGAUCGACGCUAAGAAGGAGAGACUGAGGGGGAGACUAGAGGAGAAGGGAAGACAAGCGCUCAGUGUUCAGUGA